AUUUGUGUAAAAUUGUGUCUGUUUCUGUGUGUCUGUGACUAUGCUGUGUGUGACUGUGUGAUAAUGUUGGUGUGUGACUUUACUGACACAUGCAACUGUGAUGUGGGUUGUGUGUGGCAAUGGUGGUGUGUGUCUCUGUGAUGUGUUGUGUGGGAUGUGGUGCUGUGUGUGACUUUGUUGACAUGUGGGCUCCUGCGGUGUGUGAUGGGGUGUGUGUGUGCUGGUGUGUGCAUCGGUGCGAUAUGUGCUGUGUGGGACGUGGCGGUGUUCGUGCCUGGGUUGGUGUGUGGGUCUGUGUGGUUGUGCUUGGCAGGGAGAGAAGGGAGGAGGGCCCUCGCCUGCCCAGCGCCUCUGCACACCGCUUUGCUCACAUGCGCACACACAUUCGGUGCCAUGGCUGCGGGCGGUAGAGAUGGGGGGUGAAGGGGGGGUGGAGGAAGCAAAAUAAAAUUAAAAAUUAAAGCUUGCCUGGAGUCCCCAUCCGCACCGCGCCGGCCGGGAGGGGCGGGGGGUUGUGGCUGCUCCCCCUCCACAGCCACUGGGGCUGGGGCCGUUUGUCCAUCUGUCUGGCCGUCCUACCAGGCCCUGUUCGGCCCUGCAGCCCCAGGCCCCGCAGGCCCUGCUCCCUCCAUCGGUCGAUCAGCGAUCAAUGGGGCCAGGGGGGCGCCAGGGGCAGGGUGAGAUCAAAGGGACCCCAAGAGACGGACACCGGGACAGAAACAGAGACAGAGACAUGGAGAUGGAGACAGAGACACAGAGACAGGAAGAUGGGGUAUGGAGACAGAUGAGACAGAGAUGGGGGACAUGGGGACAGGACAGGGACUUGAGGAGGAGGAGAUAUGGAGACGUGGAGACAGAGAUGGGGUGUGGAGACUCUAGAUAUCAAAACAGAGCCAUGCGGAGACCCAGAGAUGUGGGGACCCAGAGACGUGAGGACACAGAAGUGGAGACGACGUGGGAACCGAGAGACAGGGAGGCAUGGAGACCCAGUGACGGGAGGGACAGACGGACGGGGACAGGGCGGCAGAGGUGAUGGACAUGGGCAAGAGGUCCAGGUCCCUGUGGGGCCUGACACAGGACCAAGGCUGGGCACAGAGACGGGGAGAAGUGGCCACAGAGACCGCGAGAUGGCAGAGAUGCGUGGCCGGCUCCGCCAUGGACUGUAGCUGCGUCUCCGACCUUCUCUUCGCCCCGCCCGCCCUGCCGGCUCUCUGGACCCCCGGGUUUGCCUUCCCGGAUUGGGCCUACAAGCCAGAGUCAUCCCCUGGCUCGAGGCAGAUCCAGCUGUGGCACUUUAUCCUGGAGCUGCUGCAGAAGGAGGAGUACCAGGGCGUCAUCGCCUGGCAGGGGGACUACGGGGAAUUUGUCAUCAAAGACCCUGACGAGGUGGCCCGGCUGUGGGGCAUUCGCAAAUGCAAGCCCCACAUGAAUUACGACAAGCUGAGCCGGGCCCUGCGUUACUACUACAACAAGCGGAUUCUCCACAAGACCAAAGGGAAGAGGUUCACCUACAAGUUCAACUUCAGCAAAGUUGUGCUUGUCAAUUACCCGCUGCUGGACAUGGCGGCAGCUGCCACCGGCUCCCCACUCUUGCUGACCCCCAGUCCCUUCGGGGGGGCACCAGGGCCAGAUGCUCCUCCCCUCACCCCUGAGACCCUGCAAACCCUGUUCUCUGCCCCACGCCUGGGAGAGCCAGGGACCCGGACACCCCUGUUCACCUCCGAGACAGAUAAACUGCGUCUGGACAGCCCUUUCCCGUUCCUGGGCUCUGGUGCCACCAGCUAUUCCAAGCCCCCUGGCCUGCUGGGUCCUUAUGGCCGCGCCUUCCCUGAGUACCCCUGGAACUUUAACCCGUACCUCACGGGCCCCUUCCCCAAGCUGCCUCCCUCUCUCUACCCCCCGCACUUCUACCCCAACCCUCUGGCCAGUUCCCUGAGCCACCUGCCCUCAGCAGGGGCAGGGGGAGGCCCCACAGCUGUGCCCCUGCUGGCCUCGACAGGGGAGGGCCUGGGCCCCGAGCGCCCCUCGGGCCUGCCAGCGGCCCCUCGCCUGGCACUGCCAGGGGCUGGGGGUCCAGAGGCUGCCCUUGGUGGGAAGGAGGACAGCGACUCGGAGCUGGAGAUUACCGACGUCAGCGGCUGCAGCUCUGACAGCGAGGGCGAUGAGGGUCUCCUGGUGCCCCCCAAGGCAAAGGCAGGCAAAGGGGGGACUGGCAGCUGAGCAGGCAGGGGGCAAUGGAUUCCGCUGAGGCAGGGACCAGGGCAGCCGCCCGUCUGCCCUUGAUGCCUGGCCCAAGGCCCAGGACCAGCCCUCAGCACCUCCCGGGUCUGGGCAUGUUGCUGCCCCAGUCUCCUUCCCCAGCCCCAGAGUUGGGGUCUCACUUCCCCCUCCACAGAGGACAGAGGGAACGUGAUGGCCUCCAGCCUCCUCCCCAGGCUCCAGUUUGAGGGGGGUCCCCGCCUGGCCCCACUCCCAAAGUGCAAUAUG